AUGUUAUAUUAGUUCGAAAGGGUUGAUCUACCUAAAGAAUCGUCCCGUAUAAAACAGGAUGCAACAACAAUUUUAACAUUGUGGAAUUGGAAAAGAUUCCAAUUAUUGUAACAAAAUACAUUUAGUCAGUUGGACAAAGCGAAUCUUUCCACAAUGAUCAUCGGCACAGUUGUCUUGCUCCUGCCUUUGGUAUUUUGCUCCGCUAAAGCGCAAGGAAAGGCAUACAACGAUACGUGUAGUCCUGGGACUGAUACCUGUGCAACUGGUCAGAUAUGCAAGGUUGAUGGAACGACAGCAAAUACCAAUCGUUGUCUGUGUGACACCAAUCAUCACUGGGUGGUUAACAAUGGCAAUGGAUGCCAGUGCGAUUCCGGGAACCACUGGGUGGCAAACAGCUCUAGUACUGGAUGCCAAUGCUCUACAGGAUAUACAGGGGCAACGUGUAAAGCAUCCCUAGGGACAGCGUGUACUUCCACUAACGAUUGUGAUACGACUACAAUCGCCACAGCUGUAUGCGAUGUACUAGCUCAACCUGCCGUUUGUAAAAUACAAGGUACCGGUGAUUGUACUGGGCGCACGAACCAGUGCGUCAGCAAUGCAACCUGCACGAACAACGUUUGUGUGUGUACUGCCAAGUACACGACAAACACUGGCAAACUCUGUGGAACAGUUCUUGGUUCAACCUGCAACGCGGCUGCAGACUGCAAUACAACCGUUCCUCAUUCGGACUGCUCUGGUGGAAAGACUUGCACGUGUAUCACUGGCUACACUGUGAAUGGAACGGACUGCAAGGCCGCCCUAGGGACAGCGUGUACUUCCACUAACGAUUGUGAUACGACUACAAUCGCCACAGCUGUAUGCGAUGUACUAGCUCAACCUGCCGUUUGUAAAAUACAAGGUACCGGUGAUUGUACUGGGCGCACGAACCAGUGCGUCAGCAAUGCAACCUGCACGAACAACGUUUGUGUGUGUACUGCCAAGUACACGACAAACACUGGCAAACUCUGUGGAACAGUUCUUGGUUCAACCUGCAACGCGGCUGCAGACUGCAAUACAACCGUUCCUCAUUCGGACUGCUCUGGUGGAAAGACUUGCACGUGUAUCACUGGCUACACUGUGAAUGGAACGGACUGCAAGGCCGUUCUUGGUUCAACCUGCAACACCGCUGCAGACUGCAAUACAACCGUUCCUCAUUCGGACUGCUCUGGUGGAAAGACGUGCACGUGUAUCACUGGCUACGCUGUGCAGGGAGCGGUUUGCAAAGCUGGCCUAAAUACGACUUGCACUGCCACCACUGAUUGUGCCACGGUUACGACAGCGGAUGCGGUCUGCGACUUGAAUGCAGCGUCAAAGAUCUGUUCUGUAGGAAGCGGCGGAGAUUGCACAAACGCCAAAUGUGUUAGCCAUGCCACUUGUACCAGCAACGUGUGCACUUGCGAUACAGGAUACACUACAACAACCAGCAAACUCUGCGUAGAAUCAAACGGAAAUAUGAACAUUCUGAGCCUCGCCCUUACCCUGACCAGCGUAUUCGCCGUCUACAUCUUAUAAGACUGCCUAAUUUCUUUUUUUAAAUGUGUGUGUUUGUGUUUUUAGUUGACUAAACUUAUCGCGUGAACCAAGAAGUUGAGGAACUUUUGAUACAAUCUCCUUUCUUUGGAUCCGCUGUUUUCUUAAGAAUUUAGUUCGAGCAUGAUGCAUUUUGUUCCAUUAUAUUUUGUGUGUUCUGGACAAUAUUCCUAUGUGAAAUGUUUAUCGAUCACGUGACUUUGAUUGUAUAAGUUAUAAUGGACUACGAGAUAGUCAACACAUUAAUUGUUCGUGUCCAAUAGGUUGAAUUGCUUCCAAAGGUUACUAAGUGGUUGUUAUGAACAUAGGAAUACUAUCCCGAAUUUUGUUAAAUAAACAAUCAAUAAAAUAAUUUGAUGUUUGUGAAACUGUUUUUGUUUACUUUCAGCAAAAUUGUUAAAUUCUUUAUUGUCGGUAUUGACAUCUUUUAAUUUAUUUCUUGUGGUACAAAAUGUGUUCAUGUGUAUAAUAAACCUUAUCGAACAA